GAAAUAUUAUUCAGGGUUUCUCGAGGGCUCUGGAAAUCGUAGCGACUGAUCUAGCACUCAAAAAUUGCGAUCAUUGCCGCCCCUCAGUCGAGUUGAGGCCAGGAACGUGCGUGGAUCCAGUCUAGUACGAGAACAUUAGCAUUCUGUUAUAUUCCACAAAAUUAUCACUGAAUUUUGAAAGCAAAAUGCCCCCAAAAUGUUUGCAACUGGAGAACAUCAAUCCCAACUUCAUAGCCAUGGAGUAUGCGGUGCGUGGACCUCUGGUUAUUCGCGCUGGCGAGAUUGAGAAGGAGCUGGAGAGGGGCAUGAAGAAGCCUUUCGAUCAAGUAAUACGCGCCAAUACCGGCGAUUGUCAGGCCACGGGACAGCAACCCCUCACCUUCUUGCGCCAGCUACUGACAUUAACAUUGGAGCCACGCUUGCUCGACUCACCGGACUAUCCGGAAGAUGUUAAGAAACGUGCGCGGCUCAUUUUGGACAGCUGUUACGGUCAUUCGGUGGGUUCGUACACAGAAUCGGCUGGUCUGGAGGUGGUGCGUCGACAAGUGGCCGCCUUCAUUGAGCGGCGGGAUGAAUGUAUACCCAGUGAUUGGCAGAACAUCUACUUGACUGCCGGUGCCACACCAGGCAUCAAGAGCAUCCUAUCGCUCAUAAAUUGCCAGUUGGGUGGGAAGACGCCCGGUGUGAUGGUUCCAAUACCUCAAUACCCAUUGUACUCGGCCACCAUUGCGGAGUAUGCCAUGGUUAAGGUGGACUACUACCUAGAGGAGGAGACUGGCUGGAGUCUUAAUCGCAAGGAGCUCCAGCGUUCCUAUUGCGAGUGCCAACAGCAUUGCAAUCCACGCGCCCUGGUGGUCAUCAAUCCGGGCAACCCCACCGGACAAGUGCUGACCCGCGACAACAUCGUCGAGAUAAUUAAGUUCGCCUACGACAAUCAGUUGUUGCUGCUCGCCGACGAGGUCUAUCAGGAUAAUGUGUACGACAAGAACUCCAAGUUCUAUUCGUUCAAGAAGGUCAUGCAUGAGAUGGGCGAGCCCUAUCGCAGCCAGGAGCUGGUGAGCUUCCUCUCCACAUCCAAGGGCUAUCUGGGAGAGUGCGGCCUACGUGGUGGAUAUAUGGAGGUCAUAAAUAUGUGCCCCCAGGUUAAGGCCAUGCUCACCAAGUCCAUCACAGCAGGUUUGUGCAGCAACACGAUUGGUCAGGUGGCAGUCAGCGCCUUGGUUAAUCCCCCACAGCCAGGCGAACCAUCCUAUGAGCGUUACGUUUGCGAAAAGAAUGCCACGUUGGCUUCCUUAAAGGAGCGUGCCGAGCUCGUUCACAAGACACUCAGUGGCUUCGAAGGCUACAAGGUCAACCCGGUACAGGGCGCCAUGUACAUAUUCCCCCAAAUCGAGAUACCGCCCAAGGCCAUUGCUGCGGCCAAGGACAAGAAUAUGGCUCCAGAUGCUUUCUAUGCUUUCGAACUGUUAGAAUCGAGUGGUAUUUGCAUUGUACCUGGCAGCGGGUUUGGCCAAAAACCAGGCACCUAUCACUUCCGUAGCACGAUUCUGCCACAGACAGACAAACUUAAGCUGAUGAUGGAGAAAUUUCGGGUAUUCCAUGACGAGUUUAUAAAGAAAUACAAGUAAUUGGCGAAGCCGUGGAGAACUGAUCGUAUUAAAGGCCUCCCAAGAAUUUAUCUACUACAUUGCUAUCUUUAAAAUUAUAUGUACUCGCACUUGCUAAUGGUUUAAACAAAAAACUCCGUGCUUUAUUUAUGCGAGUAUUGAACGUUUUUAUGAAAUAUACGAUUCUACUAUAUAUUAUAUAGUACCUUUA